GGCGUGGCCUCUCCUGACAGGAAGGCUCUGGGGCCCAGGCAGGGAGAAUGAGGUCUCAGAAUGACUCCCUUGAGAGUCCUGGUACCCUUUCACCAAUGCACAGACCCAGAAGACCCCUCCGUCCUGCAGCACCUGCCAUGAGCAUCGGCCUCCUGUGCUGUGCGGCCUUUUCUCUCUUGUGGGCAGGUCCAGGGAAUGCUGAUGUCACUCAGACCCCAAAAUUCCAGGUCCUGAAGACAGGACAGAGCAUGACACUGCAGUGUGCCCAGGAUAUGAACCAUGACUGCAUGUACUGGUAUCGACAAGACCCAGGCAUGGAGCUGAGGCUGAUUUAUUACUCAGUUGGUGCUGGUAUCACUGACAAAGGAGAAAUCCCCAAUGGCUACAAUGUCUCCAGAUCAAACACAGAGGAUUUCCCACUCAGGCUGGAGUCGGCUGCUCCCUCGCAGACAUCUGUGUACUUCUGUGCCAGCAGUGACACCACAGUGCUGCACGGCCAUCUUCUCUCUGCACAUAAAGUCAGGGAGGCUCUGCCCUCCUCCCCCACCCAAGACUCAGGGAAGCCCUGGGCAGAGUUCUCUGCACCACGAACCUUGGAACCCCGACUGACCCCAAGUGGCCCAGACAGUAUGAGCCUCGCUCUAUGCCCGGUGCCUCUGCAGGCAGUCUCAGCCAGGCCUGGACUGGUCCCUGGUCCUCAUAAGUCUCCUUUGUUGCUCUGUCUGUUCUUUUCUCAGAGCUCUCCUUUUGGGGUGGGGCCAGGGCUUCCCCAGCUCCUACUUUUCUACCCAUCAUACUGAGUCCGAGGCUCCCAGGGUGGAACACGGAUUUGUAGUUCACAUCCAUCUAGACUCCCGUCUCUCCCUGGUGACCAUGUUGCUUCCUUUCGCUUGGGUUUCCCCAGCCCCCACCCUCACAUGGUCUCUCCUGUGGCCCACCUUUCUCAUCUGGGCAGUCAUCCUCCAAGGCCUUGCUGGGUCUCUCCUCCCCUCACCUCCCCGUCCCUCUCUACUGCAGCCAUGAGGCGAGACCCUCUUCUGUGCCUCCUUUCUUCCCAUUGCAGAGAUUUCAAAGGCCAUUUUCUCUGCCCUGGGCUGGAGCCUUCCUUCCUCUAGUGGCCAGCUCCUACCUGGGCUUCAGAUCUCAGCAUGAUCAGCCCUCCU